CAGCAAAUAUCUAUACAGUACAUCUUUUGAGUCAAUAUCAUUAAUCUCAACACACUGAUUUUAGAUAUCUUCAACCUUUAUACUUAAACGGGAGUUAUAAAUUUAUAGACAAGUAAGCUUUUAAACACUAGAAUGUUCCAUGUACCAGCAGCUGAGAGAAACAAGGAACCAAUUCUUAAGGUCUUACAGAAAUAUAUUCCUCAAGGUUUCAAAGGUAGAGCUUUAGAGGUUGCCUCAGGUGCAGGAGUUCAUGUUGCACAUUUUGCCCAGUUUUACCCAAAUAUAACAUGGCAGCCAACUGAAUAUGACCAAAAAACUUUGGGAAGUAUAUCAGCAUAUAUUGCACAUACUGGUGUGAAAAAUGUACAUCCUCCUCUACAUGUAGACAUAACAACACCUCCAGAGGACCUAAAAAUAGACACAAUAAGUCCUGGAAAUGUAGAUAUAAUAGACAACAUAAAUAUGAUCCAUAUAUCUCCAUGGGAGACAGCUAUAGGUUUGUUUAGAACAGCAAAGUAUUUUUUGCGACCUGCUGGAUAUUUAUUCCUGUACGGACCAUUUGCCAUACAAGGUACUAUAACCCCAGAUAGCAAUGUUCAGUUUGAUUCUUCUCUAAGAGCAAGGGACAGUCAGUGGGGACUGAGAGAUAUUGAUGAUGUUAAGAAAUUAGCAGAAGAAAAUGGACUAAAGUUUUUAGAAAUGAUUGAUAUGCCAGCAAAUAACAAGACAGUGAUAUUCCAGAAAAACAGUUGAUACAGAAAAUUUUGAGUAGAAAGUUUAAUAUACUGAUGGACAUAAAAAGCAAUUAGAUCGAAACCAUAAUGUCUUGAUAUUAUAUGGAGAAUCAAUCAAAACUGUAUACAAAGACCCAAAUAAUCUAGUACUGUGGUCUGUGGAGAUACUAGUUUGCAUAAUCAGAUGUUAAUUAACUUUAAAUAGAAAGCUGUUUAAGCUGCUGUAUCUAUACUUUUUAAAUUUAACUUUAUAUACAAUUAAAUAUUUUAAUCUGAAAGAUGAUUUGAAUGAGUCAUAGUAUUGUGUUGAUAAACUUGAGCAGAAGAUGUCAACAGUGUAAAUGGUCCAAAAUAGUUUUAAAGAGUCAGCUGCCUUACAAGCAUAUUAAAGAUGCUGUCAGAAUAAAAUGUGGGCUCUACUAGCAACAAUAUUACUCAAAACACAUGUGUUGAAAUUUUUAGAUUAUUUAAGGAAAAAAAGGUUUAAACUAAUGAUUGCACAAUUAUGGCAUUUGUCAAGAACUGAUUAAAACAAAAAUAGUUAUACUAAAUUGAUAAUUGGCUUAAAAGUCAUGUAAAUACAAUUCAUAAAAUAUGAAAUUUACCUUAUCAAAGUCUAAAGAGAUCUGGAAAAUAUUUUAUAACAUGUACAAACAAAACAAUGGGAUUGUUGAUUAAAAGAAUGUACUACCCAUGGAAUAUUCAUCGGUUAGUAUAAUUGUUCGUUUUUAUUCAUUUUGUUGUGCAAAAAAAUCAGACUACAUGUACCAAUGGGUCCAUGAAACAGCAGUUUAUAAUUGUUAUAUAGUAAAUAGCUAACAUUUAUCUUUGGAUGGCGAUUUCUUAAAGUUAUUAUUUUCAUUUAACAAAUUUUAAUUGACUUUAAAGUUGUGGUCUCAUUUUGCCUGAUUGUUAUGUAUUGUCAGAUCAUAGAAGUAGUUGUUGGUUGUGAAAUAUUACACGGUCAAACUAGACUGUUAUGACAUAUUUUUGUGAAGAAUCUAGUGUUACUAUUAAAUAUAUUUCAACAAAAAUACAGAGAAAUAAAUUGUUUCUUUGUAAAACAUUUUAUGUCCAUUAAUGUCAUUACUCCAAACAUUCUAAAUAAUGCAGAAUUUUUUUUGGUGGGAAAUUAUAUCAAUGUAUAUCAAUAAUAUGCUGUGGAUUCACUUAUUUUUCCUGGAUUGAGGAAAUAGUGUACCAUCAUGGACAUUAGAUGUUGUGGUUUUGUCAAAUACUCCUAUAUAUACAAGCCUAUAGAAUAUUUGAAUUUCAUUGAAUAUUUAAAUUUGUGGUUUACCUAUACUGACGAAAUCCAUGAAAAUUGGUAUCCCAUGAAUAUUAAUGAGUCCACAGUAAUAGAUUUGUACACAUUUAACAUGAUUUGAGAAGGUUUUUUUUUUCCAACUGGAUUUAUUUGGCAUUAGAACAUUAUUCCCAGAAUAUCAAGUUAAUAUACUCCAAAGGAUGUAUUGUUUUUUGGAUGAACUUAAAAUCAUUUCUUUCGUUUUUAUCACAUACCUAAAUCAAUUUUUCAGUAAAUUAAACAGUUUUUUAGGUAAUGCUGUUGAAUAUAACUUUCAUAGUGGAUUUUUUUUUAUUAACAAUCCUUUCAUAUUGUAUGAAAAAAAUACGACAUUGUAGGGUUUUUAUUUAAACCAUCUCUGGUUAGAUAUUAUUUUUUCCCUAGAACUUUUCAACACUAGUGCAAAUAUUUCUCAUAUGUAUUAUUAUUAAAUUGUUGAUAAUAUAUGUUUUUUAUUUCUCAUUUUAUAAAUUAAACACCAAUUGUUGUU